UGUCAGAUUUUUUCCCUUAUUUACUUGCAAAUAGGACUAUAAUAGACAAAGUAAGGCUUCUAUUGGUAGGACCAAUAAAGCAUUAGCAAAAAUUAUUGCAUGACUAAGACUGCCAUUUAUUUUGAAGUUUUUAUUUAUCAGAGAGAAAGAGAGUAAGAUCUCAUCUGCUGAUUCACUCUUUGAAUGCCUUUAAUGCACAGGGUUGGUCUAAGGCUGGAGUCAGACCUGCAAUCCAGGUCUCCCAUGUGGGUGCCAGUAACCUAAUUAUUUGAGCCAUCACCACUGUCCUCUGGGGUGUGCAUUGGUGGGAAACUGGAGUCAGGAGCCAGAAUUGGAUUUUGAACCCAAGGUACUCUAAUGUGGGAUGAUGAAACGAGGAGGAAGAGAGAGUGACCGUAAUUCAUCAGAGGAAGGUCCUGCCGAGAAAUCCAAGAAACUGAGGACUACAAAUGAGCAUUCUCAGACUUGUGAUUGGGGUAAUCUCCUUCAGGACAUUAUUCUCCAUGUGUUUAAAUAUUUGCCUCUUCUUGACCGGGCUCAUGCUUCACAAGUUUGCCGCAGCUGGAACCAGGUAUUUCACAUGCCUGACUUGUGGAGAUGUUUUGAAUUUGAACUGAAUCAGCCAGCCACAUCUUAUUUGAAAGCCACCCAUCCAGAGCUGAUCAAACAGAUUAUUAAAAGACACUCAAACCAUCUACAGUAUGUCAGCUUCAAGGUGGACAGCAGCAAGGAGUCUGCUGAAGCAGCCUGUGAUAUAUUAUCGCAACUUGUGAAUUGUUCUUUAAAAACACUUGGACUUAUUUCGACUGCUCGGCCAAGCUUUAUGGAUUUACCAAAGUCUCAUUUUAUCUCUGCACUGACGGUUGUAUUUGUAAACUCCAAGUCCCUGUCCUCGCUUAAGAUAGAUGAUACUCCUGUAGAUGAUCCAUCCCUCAAAGUAUUGGUAGCUAACAACAGUGACACACUCAAGCUGCUAAAAAUGAGCAGCUGUCCUCACGUCUCUCCAGCAGGUAUCCUUUGUGUGGCUGAUCAGUGUCAUGGCUUACGAGAACUGGCCCUGAACUACCACUUACUAAGUGAUGAGUUGCUACUUGCUUUGUCUUCUGAAAAACACGUUCGUUUAGAACAUUUGCGCAUUGAUGUAGUCAGUGAGAAUCCUGGGCAAACACACUUUCAUACUAUUCAGAAGAGCAGCUGGGAUGCUUUCAUCAAACAUUCGCCCAAAGUGAACUUAGUGAUGUAUUUUUUUUUAUAUGAAGAGGAAUUUGACCCAUUCUUUCGUUAUGAAAUACCUGCUACCCAUCUUUACUUUGGGAGAUCAGUCAGCAAAGAUGUGCUUGGCCGUGUGGGAAUGACCUGCCCCAGGCUAGUUGAACUAGUAGUAUGUGCUAAUGGAUUACGACCACUUGAUGAAGAGUUAAUUCGCAUUGCAGAACGUUGCAAAAAUUUGUCAGCCAUUGGACUAGGUGAAUGUGAAGUCUCAUGUAGUGCCUUUGUUGAGUUUGUGAAGAUGUGUGGUGGCCGCCUGUCUCAGUUAUCCAUUAUGGAAGAAGUAUUAAUUCCUGAUCAAAAGUAUAAUUUGGAGCAGAUUCAUUGGGAGGUGUCUAAGCAUCUCGGUAGGGUAUGGUUUCCAGACAUGAUGCCCACUUGGUAAAGACCGCAUGAUAAUAGGGCAUGACAAAUAGCACCUUAACUUCAAGCAAAUGUAUUAUAAUAAAAGUUUAUUUGCUGUAGUUACGAUAUAAUUCUACUAUUUUGUGGCACAGAAAUUUGAUAACUUCAGUUGAGUAUAUAAGGAUUGUUUCAGAAAACUCCAUUUGUUUCUUUAGUAUAACAACAAUCAAAUCUCCAAAAAAGAGGUAGUUUCAGGUAUGAAAGUAAUAACCAGUUUUAAAAGUUAAACAGUUUACAGUCUGAAGGAAACAAAACCUAUAUAUUUUAAUAUUCAAGAAAUGAGUACUAAUAGGUUUUCUGAAAUGUUAUGUUCUCUAUGCAUUUUUUAAAAAUGUAAACUUGACAUUUUAGGGUCUUCAGUUAUACAUACACCUGUUAUAAGGUGUUUAAUAUAGCUCAGGAAAGUGAGCAUUUUGUGAGAAAAAUGUAGAAUAUAUCUUAUCUAAUGAAAAAGAUUGGUUGAAUGUUCUCUAAUGUUACAAAGCAGUUUAAAGAAAAAGAAAUACAUAAGAAUAAUUGGAACCCUUAGAAAAGGUGUCACACAAUGGUUACUAUAGAAAGAUAAUACUCAGAGCCAAGAUCAAAUUAAAAGAAAAUAAAUGGAAUGGGAGACAGUGUUUAGCUUUGUAUAAACUCUUAGGUUUGUUCUAUAAUCUGCUAAACCAUGUAAGUUCUUUUCUGUGAUGUUACUUUUUAUGUGGCACUUGAGGCAUUGUAUGUAAAGUAAGGAAUGCUUUACUAUUUCUCCUUGGUUUUCUUUAUCUUUGUUUAAACUAGUUUGAAGUAUUACACAGUAAUCAAAAUGAAAAGCUUAUCUACUUUAAAAAGCCAAAUUGAAAUAAUUAAGGGUAGAACUUUAAAAUGUUUAUACGUUGUUUCCAUGAAAGAAUAUUAGUUUCCAGUGAAUUUUAGUGAUGGCUCUUUUUUUCCAUUUUGGAAUUAUAUAAUUGUAAGUAGAAUUUUAAAAACCAUAAAAGGAGCACCCAGUGUAUAGUUCAGCAUAAACAGUGAAUUUUAAAGAGGCUGUGUUUAAGUUGAUAAACAUAUUUUUGAGUAAAUAUUGCUCAGUAAACUGGAAAACUUUAAUAGAAAAAUGUCUGCAGUUUCGUGAUUGUUAAUUUGGUUGAGCUGAUUUUUUAUAUUAUUUAAGUAGUAUUUUAUAUUACUUUCAUAUGAAUAAAGGUAAGCCAUGCAUUUUAGAGUCUGUAAAACUACUAAGUUUGGGGCUAUAUUUUGUUUUUGUUUUUGUUUUUUUUUCUUGAAAUUAUAUAAACUUUGAUUCCAGGCACUAGUGCUAGUAAAUAUUCCCCUCCUAAGGGAAAUUAGCAGUUUACCCCCAGUGGAAUAUAGUCAUAUUUGAAAUGGCUCUCUUCAGUAGUGUGACUUUUAGAAGAUGUCUUGUUAGUUAUGGAAGCUAAGAAUCUUAAAAUAGAUGACCUUUAUAAGAAUAAAAUAAAAGGUGAUUUUCUGUGUAAAGUAUGCUUUUCAAAAGUAAUGGUAUUCUACCCUGUAGCCACAUAAAAAUGAGAAAGAAAAAAGGUUGAUCCAGACUUGAAAAGUAAAAUAAAUUAUUGUAUUAUUUUCCUUCUUGAUAAAUAGUAAAGACCUUUGUUUGUACAAGACAUAUUGGUAUUAGUGGAUGAUUUUAUUUUUCCUCUCUUGAACAACUUUGGAAAAUGGAUUUCACAGUACAUAAUCAGUUCUACUAACCAAAGCUUUAUUUGGAAAUUUAGUUUUUGUACAAAUUGAAUUAUAUAAUGCUUGAAAUACUUUGUCACUUUAAAGUAAAAUGCAUAGCACUUAAUUUGUUUAUACUGUAAAGUAUAUGUUAAAUGCUUUUAUCAGUUUGAGAAUAAAGAUAGUUACUAAU